CACGGCUGCAGGAGGCGGGGGAGUUGGUUCCGGCGCUCUGGCCGGACUAGCCUUUCGCUCGGCGGAACCCAGAACCGGCCCACGUGGGCCCGGCCGCCCCGCCCCGUCUGCCGCGCUGACGCCGCCCGACUCUGCAGUCCGGGCCUGGGGCUGGGCGCGUCGCCGGGGAGCCCCGCACCCCACGCCCGGCCCGCGUGGCCGCCCAGGCCAGGCCGAGACAUCCCCGUCCCCCCCUCCAGCCUCCAGAGACGAGUUCCCGCCGCGGGGCCCGCGGGAGCAGAGCCAGCCGCGCCGGGGCGGGCGCGUCCAGGCAACCAGAUGUUUGCCAUCCAGCCAGGGGUAGCUGAGGGGGGCCAGUUCCUGGGGGGCCCACCUGGAGUAUGUCAGCCUGAGCUCCAACCAGACAGCAACUCCAACUUCAUGGCGAGUGCCAAAGAUGCCAAUGAGAAUUGGCAUGGGAUGCCAGGCCAGGUGGAGCCCAGCCUGAUGAGAGGCUCCUCUGAGUUGCCCUCUGACAACCAGGCCUUCCAGGCCCCUGGACUCCCUGAUGGGGAGGUCCGCAGCCCACCAGAGGGGGCAGAAAUCGCCGGAGCUGAGCUGGAGAAGAUGAGCGGCGCCAGCACAGUCUGCUCCCCUCUGGAGGACAACGGCUAUGCCAGCAGUUCCCUGAGCACCGACAGCCCCAGCAGCAGCCCUGAGCCUGUCUGUGGGACUCCUCGAGGCCCAGGCCCUCCAGAUCCCCUUCUGCCCUCAGUGGCCCAGGCUGUGCAGCAGCUGCAGGCUCAGGAGCGCUACAAAGAGCAGGAAAAGGAGAAGCACCAUGUGCACUUGGUGAUGUACCGUCGCCUGGCCCUGCUGCAGUGGAUCCGGGGCCUGCAGCACCAGUUGGUUGACCAGCAGACCCGUCUGCAGGAGAGCUUCGACACCAUCCUAGACAACCGAAAGGAGCUUAUCCGUUGUCUCCAACAGAGGGCGGUCCCAUCCAGGCCCCAGGAUCAGGGCUAAGGGUGUGCCUCCACAGGGGUGCAGGGGUACAUGUAUAUAUUUGUAGGCAUGUGUGUGGUUGUGCACAAGUAAGUACAUGAUUAUUGCUGGUAUGAGUGCAGAUGAGCGUGAGUAUGUACGUGCUAUCAUGUAGGCAGGUCCAGGCGUGUGUGAAUCAGCACCUGUGCAUCAGCUUGUGUGUGCCAUGCGUACACAUGAGCUAACUGAUGUGCAGGUCUGUGUGUGGGUGUGCACAUAUGUGUGUGUGUAGCAUGUAUGUAAGAGGGAGUAUGUUUGUAUAUGUAUGCAUGAACCAGGUGUCCAACAGUGUGUAUAUAUGUGCACGAGUGAGGAUAUAUAUGCAAAAGGUGUGUGUGUGUGUGUGCAUAUGAAUGAGUUUGAGUGUGCAGGCUUGUGGUGGGUGUCUGUGAGUGAGCCCUUGUGUGUGCAGGCCUUUGUGUGCAAGUGCAGGCAUGGGAAGGGUAUAUUAGGAGCAUGGAUUUGCAGGCUGACUCACUAGCAGGUGUGUGCAAAUACAUAUUCAGUUGCGUAUGUCGGGCAUCCACACUCUGUGUUACCCAUUGUCAAUCCUAGCCAUUUUUCCUCCACAGGGUCCAAUUGUUCCCUGGAGAGAGGGCUAGCGUCAUUUAUCUGUGGGUUGUGCUGAUCCACUCUCCUGGGACUUCCCAGGCCACCUCUCCUAUUCCUUCCCCAUCACUCCUCCCAGACUUUGCUCUGCUGAAGCUGUUGUCCCUGAUGGUGGACUUGCUGUAGGAAGUGUGGUGGCUGCUCUGGCCUGCCAUGGCUUUUUGAGCAAUUGGUAGAGAAUUAGUAUGAGGGAGGGAAGCUGGGGGUGGUGAUUGACACGUGGCAGGGAUGGGGGAUGGGAUCAGAGAAGAAGAUAAAGAGCUGUCCCUCUUGAACUCUGCCCUGGGGCACAUGGGAGAUGGGGACGGGGGAGAUGAUAAGGGAGAUGAUAACGGCAGAACCCUGUGAAGAAUAGGAGAGUGGGAAUUCUAAAAUAUCAGUUUGAAACAAACAACCCUUCUCCACAGCAAAGGAGCUGUUGCAGACCAUAUUGAUUUCAGCUUCUGAUGAAAGCGAAUGUGUGCUUAUAAGCUUGCAAGGAAUCGGCAUGGUAUUCCAAGGCUGUUGGAAAAAAAAAUCUGUUUCCUCUCUGUGCCUCUACUCGCUGUGCCUUUCUGGCUUUAGCAACACUGGACGUCAAAUUACGUUGGUCUGUUUUUUCUGAAAUCAGGCUGUCUGGGCCCAGAGGAGCCACAUUAACCUUUGGCGGGGGGGGGGAGGUGGGGGGGUGGGGGACAGUGAGUGUCAGCUCAGCCCAGCCUCUGGAAGCUCUUAGCAUGUUGGGUCAUAACCCCUUCCGUCACUGCAUGGCCCUUUAAAUGGGGGUUGACAGGCUAGAGCAGAGGCUCUGUGAAAAGGAGAGUGGUUGAAUUUUGGGGAGAACCAAGGACUAAGGUAGCCAAGCUCUCUGCUUUGCCUCUGGAGCCAUGAGGAUGCAAGAUCCUGAUGGGUGAGCAGUGGCAUGACGCUUACUCUCCUUAUCUGCAAAAUGGGGGUGCUCUAUCUGUAAAGAAUUCUAUCCCUGAUGGGUGAGUAGGUAAAAGGUAUAGGGAGUGAGGCUGAAGCAAUGGUCCUGGGGGCUUUUGUGUCUAGCCCUUGCAUGUUGACUAUGAACCUGGCCUCUGGACCAAGCCGUGGUGAAUAAACUGGGGCAGAGAAAUGCA